UUUUUUUUUUUUUUAAUCCUCAAAUUGAACACUUGGCAACAGAGGCACAUGCAUACAUCUAUGUAUGCAGAUCAUUUCCUACAACACUGGGUUCUCUGUUAGAAAACCUCAGACAUUGCUGGUUGUGGUUGCGAAUGAUGUAAAAGGCAACCAUGGAGUUCAGCUCUUCCUCUGUUUUUGAUCAACAUAAAGGAGAUUCCGCUGAGGACAUUGAUCUGAAUGUAGUGUACCAGGCGGCAGCUAAUGGAGAUGUCAACACCUUAACAGCAAUCAUUCGUGAGGAUCCUUCUAUAUUAGAAUGCUGUGACAGUGAGGGAUCUACUCCCCUCAUGCAUGCUGUCUCAGGGCGGCAAGUUGAUACAGUGAAGUUAUUGUUAAAAAUGGGAGCCUCAAUAAACACACAAGAUGCUUGUGGACGGACCUCAUUGUCUCUGGCAACCUACCUGGGAUGGCUGGAAGGGUGUGUUUGCUUACUGAGAAAUGGAGCAAAGCAGAAUAUACCAGAUAAAAAUGGAAGACUGCCUCUGCAUGCUGCUACAGCCGAGCCAGAUGUCAGGUUAAUGGCCGUACUGCUGCAGCAGUCUACACUGUGUGAAAUAAACUAUCAGGACAAUGAGGGCAUGACACCAAUUCAUUGGGCUGCUUUUCACAACCGGCCACAGCAUGUGCAGGCAUUACUCCAAAAGGGCGCUGAUCCUACUCUGGUUGACAAAGACUUUAAGACGACGCUCCACUGGGCCGUGCAGAGUGGAAACAGGCUUAUGUGCUCCCUGAUCCUUGCCCAUCACCUUGGCUCCUCUGUAAUAAACUACGAUGAUGAAAAUGGAAAGACCUGUAUGCACAUCGCUGCAGCAGCAGGGUACAGUGACAUUAUCUAUGAGUUGGCAAGAAUUCCAGAAACCAACCUCCAAGCCCUUGACAUCGAUGACAGGACUCCGCUCCACUGGGCUGCUGCAGCAGGGAAGGCUGACUGUGUGCAAGCACUUAUACAGCUGGGGGUGGAACAGAGCCCCAGAGACAUCAAUGAAAACACUCCACUGACAUAUGCAAUGUACUGCGGGCACACAGCAUGCAUAAAAGUGCUCUCCCCGGAAAACAGAUGUGAAUCUUCAAAACAGUUGCCUUUACAGAACAACAACCAAUCUCAGAAAAAAGAGGGGAGGUUUAGUGUGCUAAACCAAAUCUUUUCUUGCAAAAAGAAGAAGGAUGACCUAAGGGUAGGACUGAAAGAGGAAAACAGAGAGAGGUACUUAAGAGAAGAAACCUCCGAAGUAGACGACAUCAUUACAACUUUUGAUUGCAUCAUGGACACCACUGGUAAAGACCCUUCAGAGGGUGGAAUGAACAGCACAGACUAUACUCAGAGGACCAGUGAGACUCACAGAUACCACCACACACAUAAAAAGCAGCCAAAAGAAUACAAGGAACUUCCACCAAUUAGAACGCAGAGCCUUCCACCAAUCACGCUUGGUCAUUCCUUAUUGGCCAAUUCACAGAGUACAGCCUCUGGCAAUUCUGGUGGUCAGAUUUCCUACCAUUUUGCACACAGGUCUCAGAAAAGCAGGAGUGAGCACGACUUGUUUGACAGCAGGACCAAUUGCCAGGGACUUUUAACACAUUCUUGGAAACCAGAGACCAACCAGAUAUUGUCACAUAAAGCAUGGACUGCUCCGCCAUCUGAAAAACUGUUGGAUGGGUUUCUGCAAGACAGAUACAGUCACUUGGAACUACUAUACCCUGCACAUCUUCCCCACUUACAUACAAAUGUGCAAGGACAAAACGCACAACAACUCCAACUGGACAGAUUAAAAGCGAAAGAGACUCGAAACAGCUUAGCUCCCAUACCUGAUCACUGCACACAUAGGUUCACCUUACCGCCUGACCAAGUAUCUCAAGGCAUGAAGAAAUCAAAAUCUCUGCCUUUGAAUUCACUGUGCACUGGAACAGCUGCUCUGCCCCCUGCGUUUACUUCAAAAUCUCAGAGAGACGGGAUCCCGCAGACCCAGUCACUGUGCUCUUUCCUGCCAGUCAUAUCAGGGGGCUCUCUCAGAACCAUUCGUGUUCUUCCUGCCAUCCCUUCCCUGAAGAAACCCUCCCCACUCGCACCCUCACCACCCACAGCAGAGGACCUUUCAUCCUGCAAGUGACUCAGAUACAGUGGAGCUGGAACCAUUUUAUAGUGGGGGUGCUGAAAGCCAUUGAACAAAACUGUAAACCCUGUAUGUGAUGGAAGCAGGUGCAUAGGACUUCAAUCCAGCACCCCUAGUUCCAGCGCCCCUGCUCAGACAGCAGCAUCUUCAUAGCAUAGUCAUAUCUGAAAGUCUUCAAAGUGGAACACUGCAAACAGUCAUCACCCUGGGUACACCCCUUGUAAAAGUGUACCACGGUAUUUUUGCAAUUUGUUUUGCAGUUUUACCAUGUUUUUGUCCAUGGUUAUACUAUGCAUUUACCAUAGUUUACCAUCGUUUGCAAUAUUUUUUAAUAUGCUUUACCAUACCUUGCUAUUAUUUACAAUGUAUUAUGUACCCAUGCUUUACCAUGCUUUCACUAUGCUUUAUUGCACUUUGCUAUGGUAGAUUUUUAUAAGGGACUGACUGAAGUUAUGCACCUCAUAAAAUGAUAUGUCCCUGAAGUCCAGUCUUGGUAAACAAUUUACAUAAUUACAUGAAGGUAGUACAUUUAGACUAGUCACAAAAUAUAACUACCUAACAUGAUUAAUUGUAUCUGCUGAAUGUGAACAUACAUUAAGAGGUUUUCACUGUAUUUCAAUGAAGUGUAAUGAUUUACAAACUACAUGCAACAGUCUCUUGACACAGGGGUUGUACCGACAGACUUGCAAACAUAAUACCAAUCCACAAAAAGGGAGACAAAACCGAACCAGGCCAAUAAGCCUGACUUCUAGUAUAUGUAAACUUAUGGAAACUAUAAUAAGAUCCAAAAUGGAAAAUUAUCUAUAUGAUAACAGUAUCCUGGGAGACAGUCAGCAUGGUUUUAGAAAAGGGAGAUCGUGUCUAACUAACCUGUUUGAUUUUUUUGAGGAUGCAACAUCGACAAUGGAUCAUUGCAAAGCAUAUGACAUGGUUUAUUUAGAUUUCCAGAAAGCUUUUGACAAAGUCCUGCACAAAAGAUUAAUUCUCAAAUUGAAUGCAUGCACAUGGAUUAGGGAGUGGUUAACAUGUAGAAAACAGAAAGUACUGAUUAGAGGAGAAACCUCAAAAUGGAGCAAGGUGGAGUACCACAGGGAUCAGUAUUAGGUCCUCUGCUCUUCCUAAUCUACAUUAAUGACUUAGAUUCUGGUAUAGUAAGCAAACUUCUUAAAUUUGCAGAUGACACAAAAAUAGGAGGAGUUGCAAAUACCGUUGCAGCACCAAAGGUCAUUCCAAAUUAUCUAGACAGCAUUCAGAACUGGGCAGACGCAUGGCAAAUUACAUUUAAUAGAGAAAAGUGUAAGGUACUGCACGCAGGCAAUAAAAAUGUCCAUUAUAAAUACCAUAUGGGAGAUACUGAAAUUGAAGAAGGAAGCUAUGAAAAAGAUCAAGGACAUCAUCUAGACAACGUGGGGAAGCUAUAAAAAGGCCAAUACAAUGCUUGGAUAUAUAGUGAAAAGUGUUGAAUUAAAAUCAAUGGAUGUUAAAACUUUAUAAUGCAUUAGUAAGACCUCAUCUAGAAUAUUGUGUUCAAUUCUGGUCACCUCGCUACAAAAAGGAUAUUGCUUCUCUAAAAAGAGUGCAAAGAAGAGCAACCAGAAUUAUUCCUGGUUUAAAAAGCAUGUCAUAUGCACACAGGCUAAAAUAAUUGAAUCUAUUCAGUCUUGAACAAAGACGACUGCACGGCAAUCUGAUUCAAGCAUUCAAAAUUCUAAUGUCGACCCAGGGGACUUUUCGACCUGAAAAAAGAAAAAGGACCAGGAAUCACAAAUGGAGAUUAGAUAAAGGGACAUUCAGAACAGAAUAUAGGAGGCACUUUUUUACACAGAGAAUUGUGGGAGUCUGGAAUCAACUCCACAGUAAUGUUGUUGAAGCUGACACCCUUGGAUCCUUCAAGAAGCUGCUUGAUGAGAUUCUGGGAUCAAUAAGCUACUAACAACCAAAUGAGCAAGAUGGGCCGAAUGGCCUCGUUGGUAACCUUUCUUAUGUUCUUAUGUUCCUAUGUAUAAUAGACAAUGUAGGCAAUUUAUAACUUUUCGCCCUUUGUACAGUAUACCAUUUUUUGGUAUAACCAUCUAUAAAUUGCGCAAUUACAUCAUUUUUGAAGUCAAUUAAUCUUUGCUAAGUUUGUUUACUGUAAAAUUGUGACACAGAAUAGUUUUUACACAUUUGUACAUUGCCAGAGACAGGUACUGUUUAUCAAUUGUUUGUUGGAGUGAGAUUAAAUCUGCUCCCAGUUUAUUACACAUCUGUAUUCAUAAUUCAUGCAUACAUUUUAAGUAGAUAUUUUUAUUUACAAUUAAAAAUAUCCAAAGUUUCUGUUCUCUUUAUAUUCAGUAUUAUUGUGGCACAUGCAUCCAGGUAAUGGUUCGAUGUGAGUAGCCUGUUACCCACAAGUGUAAAAUAUAAAGUGUAAAUCAUUUUUAACAUUACAAUAUUACAACACAUGCAAAAUCAAACCAAAAAAGCUUCAAGUUGAGGGGAUAAUAACCAAAGCCUGAAAAUGAACAGCGUUCUCACUUUUCCCUUUGCUAAUGUUUAGACUUUUUAUUUACAUUGAUAGAGUGAAGUUUGUUAUGCAAUUGCUACAUUGAAAUGAACCUCCUGUAAAGCAGGUUUUAGUGCCUUAAUGGUCACUAUGAUUAUAUGUGCGGUUGAUCCUAUAUACCUGCUGCACUGGAAGUGAAUCUGUAGUUGGGUGGCAGAAUCAAUUGGCUCCACACGAGGCAAAGUGAAAAUAAAGUCUACAGCAACAAUGUCAAUGUGCUAAUGAUUAAAAAAAAAAAAUCUAAAGAAAUGAUGCUGAUGCACACACAUACUUUGAAAACCACCGCAAGUACUGCUUUCCAUACAGUAAUUACUGCAUUAAAAACUAAAAAGCUUUAUUGCUGCUGCUUGUUUCUGGAGAAUUGAUGGCCAAAAGGGUUUAUUGAUCUGACUAUAAUGCCACAAUGGGGAAUAACAGCAGACUACUGUGCAGUAUACUGAGUAGCAGUAUCCUAUUGAAGGGAUGUAUUUUGUCUUCCAUUUUGAAUAUGCUUCUUCCUUGUAACUUCUUACAAUCAACAAAGCUAAAUUACAAAAUCUUACCUUUAGUGCAUUGUCAUUCAUUGUGUAGAUCUCAAGGUAUAAGGUUUGACAGCAACACACAUUAUUAACAAGAGGACAGCUGCUUGAAAUAUUUCAAUUACUGCUUCUUCUUGGGAGAUUUUUUACAAUGUGUUCUUCAUGAUGUCAAGUGAAUUAUCACUGUAAUCCAACUGAAGGGGUGAAAGGCCAUAAUGAAUGGCUUCUACUCGCGUCAGUCUAGGGGCAGUAGCUUAAUAAACAGGCAAUGUUAUGUCGGAAUUCUCAAAAACAAUUCCAUUCUUGUUGAAACUCAAACACAUUGUUUGUUUAAUUGAAUGACCCCAAAAAGCAACUGAAAGACCUGGAAUAUCUGUCUAUCAAAAUAUUAUGUAUUCAUAUCAUAGAUGUCCUGUUACCGUAUUUGUGUUUGUGAGCCACACUUAACCCUACUGUACAUGUCAUUACAGUAAAGAUUUAUGUAACCAUUUUCUUAGCUUUUUAUAUUCUCAAUAAAUUGACUUGCAAUGUUAUUGGUAUAUGUAGUAUGUAAUGCAUGUUUUUUUAUACCAUAUACCCCAUUAUUGACUUUAUUAAAAAUAUUAGUGUACUGGAAAAAAGUUGUGGAAAUGCCAGUUAACUAGCACAUGGGACCUUUACUGAUUUUGUAAAUUAGACUGGGUGCUUUAGCUCUUAAAUAUAUUAUAGUAAUUCUUCUUCCAUACUAAUGAAUAUGACUAAUGAAUUGCAAUUUUCCCAUUUCCACAUACAUUAUUAUUAUUAUUAUUAUUAUUAUUAUUAUUAUUAUUAUUAUUAUUAUUAUUAUUAUUAUUGUCAAAUGAUGCCCCACUUUUGGACUUUUUUACAGCUCACUGAAAACAGGUGUUUAUUUAUAGCCCUACUUCGGUUCUGAAAUAUAGUACAAAAUGUUCAUAACAGUGUCAUUAUAUUUUGAAUGAAUUAAUGUUAUGAAUAAAUCCCAGUCAUUUACAUUAAUCAUCAGUUAUCAUCUGUGUUGCUGGAGUUCUAGAAUGGCUUGCAGGACCUCAUUUAUUCAAACACCUCAAGAUGUGUCAUUUAUAUCCUUUAUAUACCUACCUGCCUGAAUGUCAAUGUCAGAAUGUCAAUUUUCGGUCAGCAGUCAGUGAAAUAGAAACAACAGGCACUCAUGUUUGAAAAUGUUGGACCACUGUGUGCUUUAAUUAGGCAUCAAAACAACUUCUGAAAAGUCUUAUGCAUUUUAUCAUUUGUGGCUAUGUUCCUUUUCUCUUAUUAUUUUACAUGAAUUGCAUGUGUGGCCUAUUAAAGUCAUCAAUUAGAUCAGACAAUCACUAGUUUGACUAGUUUUAUAUUUUCAGUUUUUUAUAUAAAUGUAUCGCAAAGCACUGUACAGUACAUAGCAGGAAAAGAACCAAACCACAAUACAUUUGUAUAGCAUGUCACAC